AUUUCUUUCGCCGGCCGUCCAGAACUUUGCAGCUUUCGAGAAAGCCAUUAGAAUGAUGUUAAAUGGCGGUCGCACGGUCUUCAGAGGUCCGAGGCCUUGGAUUCCACUCACAAAGCAGUUUUGCCCGUCGCCACGCCAUGGAAGGACAUUUUCGUCCUUGACAUACCUUGCACAGUCUCAGUUAUCAUCGAAGCGCAUUCCAGGCUACUCACAGUCGAUACGAACACAACAACGAUGUCUUUCAACGAAGAUCGAGGCAUCUGAGCUACCACCGGAGGUGAUCCACGAGUUGCUGCCGCUAUGUUGCCCUGGGUGUGGUGCAUAUUCGCAGACCGUAGAACCGAAUGAACCGGGAUACUACAAUCUCAACACAAGGCAGUCCCGCAAGCUCAUCCAUGAGAGAAAAAAGGACCUAAAAUCGAUCCAACAUCAAGUUGCGGAGCAGACGGUCGAGAAUAAUACAGAGAUUGCCAAUGAGGAAGUUGGAGAGACUACGGAUACGGACACGACGCCGCGCGUUCCUCGGCCCUCGCACGGAGUCUCGCUCGCCGAGACCAAUGCAGAAGGUGGCACUUCAGACGUGAAGAAGGCAUCGCUACAGAUCUGUGAGCGAUGCCACGACCUAAUCCAUCAUAACAAGGGAGUUCCCGCCCCCUCCCCUUCUAUCGAUUCCAUCGGAGCUCUUCUGGACGAGUCGCCGCAUCGAGACAACCGUAUCUUCCACAUUGUAGAUGCUGCCGACUUUCCGAUGUCUAUGAUUCCGAAUAUCUACGACGCACUGUCUAUUCAAAAGCAGCGCUCUCACAAUCGAAGGUCUGAACCAACGAAAUACAGAGGAGGGAAGAAGCUACCCACCAUUUCCUUCAUCAUCACACGGUCAGAUCUUUUAGCAGCGACAAAGGAACUCGUUGAUGGGAAGAUGGAAUACAUGAGAACGGUUCUCCGUGAAGCGCUUAGCAAACGGGAAGAUUUUCGUCUGGGGAACAUUCACAUGGUCAGCGCCCAGCGGGGGUGGUGGACAAAGACUGUCAAGGAAGAGAUCCGAGAGCACGGCGGGGGGGUUUGGGUGGUCGGUAAGGCGAAUGUCGGCAAGAGCAGCUUCAUCGAAACCUGUUUCCCCAAAGACUCCAAGAACUUGGGAAACCUGGAAAAAGCGGUGCAACCUCACCGGGACGAAACCCACAUCAAAGAGCAGCAUGCUUCCGCCCUUCUUGAUACUGGGGGUCUCUUGCCACCGGCACCUCGGGAAGACCGAUAUCCCAUGCUUCCCACUGUAUCAUCGUUACCAGGCACUACGGUCUCACCGAUCCGAAUUCCGUUUGGGCGUGGAAAGGGGGAGGUGAUCGAUCUGCCGGGCCUCGACCGCGGGAGUCUGGUGAACUUUGUUCGUGAGGAGCACCAGCGCAAGUUGAUCAUGACGAAGCGGAAGAAGCCCGAGCAGCUGACGAUCAAGCCGGGACAAUCCCUGAUCCUGGGAGGCGGACUUAUCCGGAUCACACCCGUCGACCCGGUCGGUGUCACGCUGGCGGCGUGCUUCCUGGACCUCGAAUCACACGUGACGAAGACGGAGAAGGCUCUCGAGAUGGUCGCCGGACAGCGGGAGUACCCUGGUGAGGUGAUCAUGGCAGAAGGCGCUGGAAGCGAGAUGGCUUCUGCCGGAAAAUUUGAGCUACAAUGGGAUGUGACCAAAUCGUAUAUCCCGCGACCAAUACAGCAACGCAUGAAGAAGAGUGACUACGAGCCGCGUCCGCUCCCUUACAAAGUGAUGUCGGCUGACAUCCUUGUCGAGGGCUGCGGGUGGAUCGAGCUGACCGCGCAGGUGCGGACCAAGACACAGACCGACGCCGAACCUAGCUUCCCGCGAGUGGAAGUGUUCAGUCCGCAGGGCAAGUCGAUCGGGUACCGGCGACCGAUUGAGUGCUUCACGCACAUUGCCGAGAAGAGGGCGAUGGACCGCCGCAAGGCCGGCCCUCGAGGACGACAGAGCAUCAGUCGGAAGAAACGGAUCCUUGGGUCUCAGAUGGCUGCUGUCCGCAGUGUUUUGAAUGUUUUUUGAUGGCCUAUGCCAAACCUCGACUUCAUCUGUACUAUAUCAGUGUAUCAUACUUUGUAUCAUAACUGUAGAAAUCCAACUAGUUCAUAUACCUAG